AUGCGGUCUCCAGUGCUCCCCCAGAAAUCGUCUGUCCUGCGUUUCCUUUUCCUCGGCUGUUCUUUGUUUCUCCUUUUUUUCUCUCCCUGCCCACGGAACCGCGUGUCUGCGUUUUCUCUAAGCGAUGCUGUGGCGAACUGUGACCGACACGAAGCCUGUAGUCUACGUUCUCCCGUCGCCGCGCGUUUCGUGUGUAGUCGACCGUUGCGCUCAAGGCCGCUGACAUGGACCACGAGAACCCGGUUUCCGUCCAGCUUUUUAUUUCUCUCACCGCAAAACUCUUUUGUGCGCUCGGAUUCUGCCCCUAAAUCUGCCUUUGUCUGCAUGCAAGGCUCGUCCCUUCUUCUCCGGUUCCCUCCGCGUAACGCUUCGAAUCGGGCGUUGCGUCCUGCGAAGCCGUUUGCGCUUUUCCAUCGCACGUCGUGCGCUUUUUUUUCGACGCAUACCUGCUGUUCUUCGGCCUUUCUUUCUCUGCGGAAUUACUGUUCCACUGCGCGCAACUUCCACGUUUCAGACAGCCGUAGAUUCUCCAGUUCCUCGGCGUCCGCCCCCUCAGGGAAACCCAGGAACUUCAGGGACACUAACGGGAGCUCUUUAUCCCCGCGAGUGCAGCCGAGUUUCGCGGAGAAACCCUCGCUGAAAAUGGCGACCGAAGAAAGGAACGGCACUGCAUGCUGCGGCCCAGCUGUCGGAGAACACUGGGAAAUGCCAACAAAGGAGGGAAAGCUCCUCACGGGAUUGAUGGUGAACAAUUCCAUGGCCGGUGGAAAAGUCGAAUUCGUUCCCCAGAAAGGCAACCGCGUCUGCUGGUACGGCUGCGGUCCAACUGUCUACGAUGCCAGUCACAUGGGUCACGCUCGAACGUACGUCACUUUCGACGUCAUUCGCCGCAUUAUGAGUGACUACUUGAACUACGACGUCACCAUGUGCAUGAACAUCACAGACAUCGACGAUAAAAUAAUCAAACGCUCCACUGAACAGGGCGUCGACUUCCUGACUCUUGCUCGCCACUGGGAAAAAGAAUUCUUCAAUGACAUGACAGCUCUGAACGUUCGGUUGCCCACGGUCGUCACGCGCGUCAGCGAAUACAUUCCGGAGGUAGUGGCCUUGAUUGAACGCAUCGUGAAGAACGGCUACGGCUACGAAAGCCAAGGCUCUGUCUACUUUGACACUCAGACCUUCAGAAAGAACGAAAAACACGUUUACGGGAGGAUGGAACCUACCUCCGUCUCGGACGAAGCUCGAGUCCUCGAGGGCGAAGGCGAGCUCGGCCUUACUUCCUCGGAGAAGAGGCACCCGUGCGACUUUGCUCUCUGGAAGAAGGCGAAAGAGGGAGAGCCUUCCUGGGAUUCCCCAUGGGGCAAGGGCCGACCAGGCUGGCACAUUGAGUGUUCUGCGAUGGCUGACAGCAUCUUGCCUUUCCCCCUCGACAUCCAUAGUGGAGGCAUCGACCUUCGUUUUCCUCACCACGACAACGAACUUGCACAGUCCGAAGCGGCAAACGAUCGCCCUCAAUGGGUGAACUAUUUUCUUCACUCUGGGCACCUCCAUAUCCACGGAGCGAAGAUGUCCAAGUCUCUGAAGAACUUCAUCACCAUCAAGGAGUGUCUCUCGCGCUUCACAGCUCGGCAAAUUCGCCUCCUCUGCUUGAUGAAUAGGUGGGACUCCUUCAUGAACUACAGCCCAGACGGCGAGACGAUGCAGCAAGCUGUCGACGUAGACAGAGCGUUCGACAAUUUCUUUGCUCUAGUGAAGGCGAAACUGCGAGACGCCACGCCUGUCUCCGACUACGCCCAGAAAUGGACGUCAGACGACUUUGCUCUCAACGAAACUCUUCGUGCGACGAAGGAACAGGUGCAUAAGGCAAUUUUGGACAACUUCAACACACCUGAGGCACUCGUAGCGCUCCAGCACCUCAUGUCGGCAGCGAACAGCUAUCUAAAUCAAAAGACUGGCGAGGAUGUAAAGGCGCCUCUCGUCAAGGAAGUGGCAAAGUACAUCUUCCACAUGCUGAAGAUUUUCGGAGUCGUGGAAGACGACGAAGACAACAUGGCCUACGUCAAGUCUAAGGGCUCAUCGGCGGCGGCUGAGGAAGUCGAUGGCUUAGUCCAAUGCCUUGGAGCCUUCCGAGAGAUCGUGAGAACGAGUGCCUCGCAUGGCAUGCGCGUCGUGAACCAAGACCUGAAGCGAGUUGCGGCGUCUCCUGUGGGGAGCGAAGUGUCUCCGUCUGAUGAAGAGGGCAAGGGCGAUCUGCUGGCAUCUCUGAGUGAGACAAUGCGCUCGCUGCUGCAAGCGUGCGACGACGUCAGAGACAAGAAGCUUCCCGAGUUGGGGAUUCUUUUGCAGGACCGACCAGAUGGAACCUUUGUCUUCAAACGCGUCUCCAAGGAAGAACUGCAACGAGCAAAGGAACUGAAGGAGGAGGAAGAACGGAAGCGACGCGUGCAGAGAGAGGAACAGCAGAGAGCAGCUGCGGAACUGCAAGCAAAGAAGGAACGAGAAAGGCAGGUGCCGGCAGCGGAUUACUUCCGAGUUUUGCAUGCAGAACUCUACGCGACCUUUGACGACCAAGGCGUCCCCCUCACCCUGAAGACUGGAGAGCCUGUCUCAAAGACGCAGAGACAGAAGAUGCUCAAGCAAAUGGAGAAACAUCAAAGGGUCCACGAGCAGUGGCUCGCGUCUCAAGGACACACUUGAGUGGCGGCGAGAGGGGAAGCGGCUGCAUGCACAGUUUGUCGAGUAAGAAGUCAGUGGAAAUUUGCGGUCAGAAAGACUCAGAUCUCUCACCAGCUCCCUUUUCGAAAGGAUUGCAUGUGCGACUUGAGAAGUACUGCAACGCGUCGUUUCUCUUUCAGGGACCCGCUGUCUGCGAGGCGAGGGUUGCUUUGCAGACCGGCGCCAGAGCAUCCAGAGACUUUCACAAGUAGCCAUGUGCUUGCACAUUUAUAGUGCUCCAAUCGCAUGCAAAGGAACACACAUAGAAGUGGAGGAAAGGCCACUGAGCACCUCUUCCCCAUGACACUGCGGGCGCGUGCAGGCGGACGUGGCGAGACAGUGGGAGAGCAUGCAGCGACUUUCGCUGGGCGUUUAAAACGGAGAAGCAGCACAGACACCCGAGACGACAGCGAAGCAAUGGAGGGUGGACAGCUUCUUUCACACUGGUCGACAUGCCGCAUCGGCGAGAUGUUAAGGUUUCGCGUGCUUUGUGACGGCAAAUUGCGUCAAAUGUUUUCUGUUCGCGACGACACUGGACGACAGAGUAUACAGAGAGCCAGCAGGCGGAUUCGCAGUUUUUUCUGGAGGUUCGGAGACAGAAAGGCGAAGACAAACCAAGACACGGGGGAAACCCUGCCCACUGGCUUCUUUGUCGCUUUUGCCUCCUGGUGUCUGUGUCGUAAACAGUGCCCCGAAGAAAACCCAGUGCUCGACAUACGAUAUAGGAUUUGACUGUGAGAGAAAGAUAUUCAGUUUCAUGUUUGGCUUGACACUGCGACCGAGACUGGUCAAGAAACUCGCCAAACAAAACGUGGCAGAAAUCGGCUGUGCAACGCCGCGAAAUGAAGCCAGCAGAAGGCCGGCUGCAGUAAAGUGCCUGGUAAACAGAAAGGGCACCUGAGGAUUCAGUGCCCGAAAGUGUGUGCUUCCGCGUUCCACCGAACCCCGACGUUCAAACUUCACCCCGGAUACGUAUUAAUGUAAUCUUACUGCA